ACACUUGUACUUUUUAUUAUAAGACCACGUGAGGGUAGGCAGGAGGAGUAGGCAGGAGGAGGAGUGAAGCUCUUUCCUUGUAUAAAUGAGAAUGACACAGCCUCAACACGUUCGCAAAAUUAAAUUAAAACAUCCUGAAAGUGGGAGUGAGCGAGUACGUUGAGUUGGGAUUUUGAAAUUUCUGUCUGGAUGAUGGCCGAAAGCAGCAGCAGCAGCAGCAGCCAUUCCAUGUCGCACCGCUGUUUCAGGGAGUGGAUGAAAAUUCAAGAAGAGAGCCAGAGGGAGCUGUUGGAAGCCCUGAACGCAAUCGAGAAGAAGGGAGCCACGGAAGAAAGCGAGGUAGAACUGACGAAGCUGGUGGACAAGAGCAUCGAGCAAUUCCACGACUACAUUGAUCGGCGAGCCGAAUUGGCGAAAAAGGACGUGGCGGGAUACUUCGCGCCGGUGUGGUGCACGGCGAGGGAGAGCUGUCUGAUGUGGAUCGCGGGGUGACGGCCGUCGAUGUUCAUCCGGCUGGUGUACUCGGUGACGGGGCUGGAUCUGGAGGCGCGGCUGGUGGAAUUUCUGGAGGGGAGGAGGUCGGUGGAGGAGGUGAGAGACGUGUCGCCGCAGCAGCUGGAGGAGCUGAACAGACUGCAGAUGGAGACGGUGAAGGAGGAGGAGAGGCUGACGUCGGAGCUGGCGAGGGUGCAGGAGGAGAUAGCGGAGCAGACGGUGGUGGGGAUUGCGAUGAGAGCGAAAGAGGCCGCCGCGGAGGAGGAGUUGGAGAGAGCGCUGGAGAAGCAGGUGGACGGGGAGAUGUUGAGAAUAAUGGAGGCGGCGGACAAGUUGAGGAUGCGGACGCUGAACCACCUCACGGAGAUUCUCAGACCGUUGCAGGCGGUCAUGUUUCUGGCGUCCAGUAAGAGGCUUCAUCUGUGCGUGCGUCAGUGGGGGAAGCGAACUGACCAGAGGCACGGAAGGGACGCUGUCAGCUAAAACGCACCGCCGAAUGCUAUCAUUACCAUUACCAUAAACGCCGCGCUUCGCUUCUGCUUGUUUCGAGUCUUUCGACUUUGGAGAGUGAUUUUUCUUUCUCUUUUCCUUUUCUUUUCUUCGCCAUUUUUUUUGCAUCUUGCGGAAUUUCAUUUUCCAAUCCAAGGUAUAUCAUCUAAAUCACUUA